CGGGGCAAAGGUCAAAGAGGCUCUUCCACCCCCAGAUUGGCCAAGGCACUGAAAUGAGGCAACACCUUAACACCCAAAACAAGGGGCGAAAUUAUUUUGGGAUUGUUUCCUCUGGAGCAGAGAAGGCAAAAAAUUGAAGACCUUAAAGAGUUUUUUUUCCCCCUCCAAUUAUGAAGAGUUGGGAUAGAGCAGAAUGCCUGCAAAUCAUCUGGUCGAAUGGCAGAACAGGCUGGAAGGGCUGAAUGGCCUCCCACUGUGGCACAGGACUAUUUUCCUCUGGGUGGGGCAUGGCAUUGGACAAGGGGGUCGCCGAUUUGAAAUAGUCAGGAUAGUGAGAAGUGUUGGGAGACUUGUUUCUUGGCCACGUUUUCUAAACCGAGUCCAGGGACCCGGCCACACCACCCCGAGGCUGCCAGGUGCACAUUGAAUUCCGGCUCUCGGGACAUUUGCAUGGCCUGGCUGCAGCCAUCACUCGUGGGUCUAGUGGCUAGCAGCCCCCGUUAUUCAGCAUUUUGACUGAGGAGUGAAGAGGCUGCAGGCCAAGUGCUGGGAAAUGGGAUUGGAAUAGAUAGGUGCUUGAUGGCCGGCAUGGACAUAAUGGACUGAAGGGCCUGUUUCUGUGCUGUAGAACUUUAUGACUCUAUGAAUUUCACGGGAAAAAGCUGCAUGCAAUCGGGACUGUACUGGGAUUCAUUUUGGGUGGGGGACACGUGGAGCAUUCGCAUUGCAGCCACAGAGCUUGAGCUCUGUGUAAAUUAAAGUCUUUCAAUGCGAGUCCACCACUCCUGGUUGAAAACAGGAGUUUGACAGCCCUCCCACUAAUCAGAACCUGCCCUGCCAGUGUCCCACCAACUUUACUAACUGUCCACAGGGUAGCGCUGGGUUAAGUGACUGCUGAUUUGUAUCUGUGGCCAUUAAUAGUUCGGGUAUUUAUUCAAGGAUGAAUUUUGUGAACUGGGACGUCUUUGAGGCAUUGUUUUCCCACGGACACAGUGCCUCAGUCAGCGACUGUCCCUGCAAAACUAGAACAUGUAGGUCACCCGAGUUUACAUAGCAAGUUGUUGGAGCUAGGAAUGCUUCACCUAAUGGAGGCUUUGAGGCACAGCUUAUUGCAUUUUAAAAUAGAAAAAUUCUGUGGAUACUUAACACAUAGAAAGAUACAGGAGUAAAGAGAAAACGUGUGUGACACUGAAAUUAUUUUUGGAUUGUAUUAAGCGAAGAGUAACCAAACUUCUGAUCUUUUCAGUUGACUGUCAUUCUGCUGUUGAAGGUGCAAAAUAAGUGAGCAUUACUCAAAUGGCUCAGUAUCCCUCAAGAUGAGGCAUCUCCAACAUUGUGGUUACAUAUCUCUGCUAGUAAAAAUUGUACAUGUUAUUGCUAUGACAUUUUCAAUUCAGUCCCUCAGUAUUUAAUGAGUGGAUUCAGCAGCAGCAGCUAUAGCUUAGACAAAACAAGUCUGUUCAACAUCCUUGGUGUUAAGUAGUAGGACAAGUUAUUUUGGGUGAGGCAGUCUCACACAGGGAUAGAAUUUAAGUCAUAGCUUUGGCAAAUAUUGAUAAAAAUAUGCUUGUUGAACAUAGACCCAAUUUACUCUGUCUCUCAUAAUAGGACAACCCUCUAAUCCCUUUCAGGAACCAGCCUAGUGAAUCUUCAUGUACCUCCUCCAAUACAAGUAUAUCCUUCCUUAAAUAUGGAGACCAAAACUGCGCACAGUACUCCAGAUAUGCUCUCACCAAACCCCUUGCAACCAAGAACAACAUGCCAUUUGCCUCAUUAAUUUCUUGCUGUACCUGCAUGCUAACUUUGUGUUCCUUGUACGAGUACACUCAAGACCCACUCAACAUCAACAUUUACAAGUUUCACACCUUUUAUAAAGUAUUUUUCUGUUCUUAUUACCAAAGUGAUCAGAGGGCUGUAGUUGAAUUACAGUUGCCCUCCAUCCACAUGCUAAGAAAGGAGGAGAAAAAUAGCAGGAUUCCUGCUGAUGGUUGGUGUGCAGAUAACUGGGCAUAUAUGUGUAGGAUCACACAUGAAGGAUGGGGACUUAGGGGAGAUACUGGAGGGCUUGGUUUGGUGUGUGGUACUAUGCCACAGUCCACGUCAGUGCUUUUUGACCAAGAAGCAGCAGUGGGAGCAGAAACACAGCCAAUAGAAUUGGAAGUAAACCAUUAAGGACUCAUUAGAAGAGGUUAAUCAGCCUCUGGCUAGGUGCUAUCCUAUUCUGUCUCUCCAGCACACAGCCGGUGACAGCUCAACCCGGUGCAGCCUCAUGGACAGAGCCUGAAGGAAGCCACGUGAUUUUAUUUUGAUUAUUAAUCACCAGACAUUCAAAAUGCUAGGAAAGGUUCCAGAAGAUCUCAUAGAAAGACUGAUGUCAGAGUGCCGUCAUCGCCUCUACAUUCAAAGCUGCAAGCAGACGGACAGUGGGCUGGUGAUUCGUCUGGACCGUCCUGCCCUCUUCAUGCAAGUCUUGAGCAAUCUCCCUUUCUACACAAGAACUUUAAAGGCCCCACUGGCGAAGAAGAAAUGUGUGAUUCUGAAUUGCGUCGCUUUGCAGGGGAAUAAAGGACCGGAAUCACUUACAGUUAGUCACUUACGAACCAUCCUACUAGUGGACCAUCUGGCUGUGCUGUUAAGGCAGCCAGGCUAUGUAGUGCACACAACUCCAAAUCUUCCCCUAAAAUCCUCCGUCUGCAACUUUCUGAAGUUAUUGAGAGUCACUUGGCCAUCCACCCGGCAAACCAUAUCCAACGAAGGAGUUUCCAACUUCAAGAAGAUUCUGUCGGAGUCCAUUUAUACACAGCUCGGGAAAUUUGAGACCCCUUCAGACCAGACACAUAAUAGGCUACCAAAAGAUGUUUUGUUCAAGGUGCAUCUAAGACAAUUUGUGAAGGAGAAGGGAUUAGAAGGUUACGAUGCCAACUUGGACAUGGCUUUGGUGCAGGAAGAAGCUUUGAGACAGAUAGCAGAGCUUCAAAACAUAGUCUUACAGGAGGAUGCAGAGGAGUGCCUGGUGAUCCAUGUAGUGGGCUGCGAGGAAGAAUUUCAACAGCAGAAGAUUGACCUACUCUGGCGAAUCCUAGAUACCAGUAUUGAUCGAGUGACUCAGAGGCACCUCGUCUGUGGGCCAGUGAAAAUAACUGGCGAAAGCUCUCACAUCAAUGCUGUUCACUACUUCCAGUUUCGAAGGUCUCAAAUGCAGGAAGCAUCUGUGAUGAAGUAUGGAAACCUAGUGCAAGGGGAUUCGUGGUCUGAAAUCAUCGGCAGCAUGACCUCAGCCACCAUCAGGUUUGAGCUGUUAGCGACAGCACACCGCAGUCCACUGAACUUGGAAGUGACACAAGCAAUCAACAUCUCUACCAAAGGAACAAAGAGUGGAGCAUUUGUUAUGUACAACUGUGCGAGGCUUGCAACGUUAUUUGAUCAUUUCAACAAGUCUGUUCAGCAAGGAUUGUACCCAAAGUUCCCAGAAAUAUCUCAGUUGAAUUUUUCUGCACUUCAGAAAGAGGGGGAGUGGCUGUUACUGUAUAACUAUAUUAUUCCAUUCCGGGAAGUACUUUGCCAGACUACACAGUCCUUGAGUUCAGCUAAAGGGAUUCGCCUAACUAUCAGCACUGAGAUAGUCUGCAAGUUUCUUGUAAACCUCAGCAUAGAUUUCAGCUCCUAUUACAACCAUGUACACAUACUUGGAGAACCAUUGGAACACUUGUUCAACCAGAUGUUUGCUCGCCUACAGCUGAUGAAAGCAUUGAGAGAAGUGUUUCACUCAGCCCUGAGUACACUGCACAUCACCCCGCCAAACCAGCUCUGAGAAUCUGGCAUGUCACAGAUUCUGUACCUCACCAAAUUGUGGAAACCGAAAACUGGGCAGUCUUCAUAUUCCACCAUCAAGUCAGCCAAGAGUAACCCUGCCCCAGGCCUGCCAACAGCAAACAGAGCAGUCUCUGUUUGGACCUCCUCCUCAUUACCAGAUGUGAAUGAGAUGUCAAAAGUUGAAUGAAAACGAAAUAGUGCUGAUUCCGGAGAUCUGAAAUAAAAACAGAAAGUGAUGGAAAAAUUCAAGCAGGUCUGGUAGCACCUGGGAAACAAAGUUAACGUUCUGAAGAAGAGUCAUAUCGGACUUGAAACGUUAACUCUGUUUCUCUCUCCACAGAUGCAGCCAGACCUGCUGAGUUUUUCAAGCUUUCUGUCAAACGUUAAAGUUCAGUGUUUAGACCUACUCCAUAUACCAGCAAAUCAGAAGCUACUACCUUCUGCACAUCAACAUCUGCCCCAGGAGCAUGUAUCAAAUGAAACCACUAGUCUCAAAAUUAAGAAUCCUACAGUCACAGUUGCAAAGUUACUUUUGAAAUUAGGCCUUAUGGUUUGUCUCACUAUCGAAAGGAGAAUUCCAGUACUGGGCACAGCCCUACAGAAUGAACCACCUCACCAUAGUAACAAUCAUUUCUGUCCUCCACGUACUACUCUUGAUCUGAACACGUUCCAUUUUGUGUUUUGAGAUGUAAUUUUUAACUAAAAUAAAAUUGAAUUUUAAACA